AUUAAAUCAUUUUUCAUAAAGGGAAUCAGCGAUGACAUCCCUAUUGUUAAAGCCAUUGUCCCAAAGAGUCAAAUGCGUUCCUUCAUAACUCAGGGAAGUUCAGAAACGCUGGUGACAAUAAAUCAAAAUCUAAUCAUUGGAACUCAUGGAUGGUUGCCUUAUGACAAGAGUAUUUCCAAUUAUUUUACCUUUACAAAGGAUCAGACUGUGACUAAUCAAAAAACCCAGCGUUUUGUGUCCGGUCCAUUCGCUCCUGGACUUGUGAUUAUCUCCAAACUGUUCGUGGUGUCUCAUGAUGGGAAAGUGCUGUUCAGUGGAGGCCACUGGGAUAACAGUAUUCGAGUGACAUCACUGACAAAGGGCAAAGUUAUUGGACAACACAUUCGUCACAUGGACAUUGUGACGUGCCUUGCUACGGAUUACUGUGGUAUACAUCUCAUAUCUGGGUCUCGAGAUGCAACGUGCAUGAUCUGGCAAAUCUCACAGCAAGGUGGUGUUUCUGGUGACCUGUCCGCUAAACCUUUGCAGAUCUUGUAUGGACACACAGAUGAAAUCUCUAGUGUAGCCAUUAGCACUGAGCUAGACAUGGCUGUUUCUGGUGCCAGAGAUGGAAUAGUGAUUAUCCAUACAAUCCGACGAGGCCAGUACAUGAGGACACUGAAGCCACCAAGUGAUAGUACUCUGGUCAUGACUAUUCCCAAUAUAGCUGUGUCAGAGGAUGGACAUAUUGUCAUCCACAGCAGCCUGGAAGGCAAAGCAACCCUUAAGAACAGGAACUCCUUGCAUCUGUACAGUGUAAAUGGAAAGUACUUAGGCUCUGAGAGUCUGAAGGAGCAGAUACUGGACAUGUGUGUGACUGGGGAGAACAUUGUGACUGGUAGUCGCCAGGGACUUCUCUCCAUACGUGAUCUAUACAGCUUGAGUCUCAGUGUUGCACCUCUCAUCAUGCGAGUUCCUAUCCACUGUGUUUCUGUGACAAAGGAGAACAGCCACAUCCUGGUGGGACUGGAGGAUGGUAAACUCAUCAUUGUUGGUGUUGGUAAACCAGCAGAGGCAAAAUCAGGUCAAAUAUCCCGAAAGCUUUUUGGUUCUAGCAGACGACUUAGCCAGAUUUCUUCUGGAGAGACGGAAUAUAACACACAAGACUCUUAA